GCGUCGAGCCCAGUCCAGCUUGGACUCGGUCCUCAUGUUUUUCAUGCGUCCAGACGCCACGUGGACUCCACUCUCCAGCUUCAACCCUCAGCCACCAGUCUCUCCGUUCAUCGAUCGUUCAUCGCACGCGACACCGUUCCACGGUAUGACGAUACCCCGCGGCGUGUCUCUCUCGUGAAAACCACUCGGUGAAGACCAGCGAUCGAAGAUGAUCCAGGGGUGACCCGGACCGCCGAGGAUUUCCGGGGGUGCGACCCCGGCUCAUUGCUGCCAGAACUCCAUAUUCGAGGACGCGAAACUGUGCCGUGAAGAUGAAGACAGAAAUACAGAUCUCGGUGUGGCUGACGGCUCUGAUACUCACGAUAGCCGCGGACGAGAAGCCGACGAACACCGUCUCGGUGUCUUCUGGCUCGCCGAUGAUCCAGAGCAACACGAUACAGAAGCUGAUCAAGAUCCUGGAGAAGUACGGACUGGAGGAGCAGAGGGGCCUGAAGAGAGUCUAUCUGAGCAACAGGUCGAUCACUUGCAACGACGGAUCCCAGGCGGGAUUUUACCUGCGAAAGUCGCACGGCUCGAAGCGGUGGGUCAUUUUCUUGGAAGGUGGCUGGUAUUGCUACGAUCACAAGAGCUGCAGGAACAGGUGGCUACGGCUCCGGCAUCUGAUGACAUCGACGCAGUGGCCUGAGACACGCGACGUCGGAGGCCUGCUUUCUUCAAAUCCGGAAGAGAAUCCGUUUUGGUGGAAUGCGAAUCACGUAUUCGUUCCUUAUUGUACGAGCGACAGUUGGAGCGGUACCAGGGCCUCGCCAAACGACAUGUUUUCGUUCAUGGGGGCCGAGAUCGUAUUGCAAGUGGUGCGGGAUCUCAUUCCACUCGGUCUUGAAAACGCUAGCUCCCUUCUUCUGGCAGGCAGCAGCGCGGGUGGAACCGGUGUCAUGUUGAAUUUGGAUCACGUGCACAAUUUGGUUCGCCAUGAAUUAGGGCUAAAGCAUAUUGCGAUAAGAGGUGUGUCGGAUUCAGGGUGGUUCUUGGAUAGAGCACCCUAUUCGCCGAAUGGUUUGUCGCCCGUUGACGCGGUUCACAAGGGGAUGGAGUUGUGGAAAGCUCGAAUGCCUCACAAUUGCGUCGCGAAGCACCAAAACGAGCCCUGGAGGUGUUACUUCGGAUACAGACUGUACCCGACCCUAACUGCGCCCCUGUUCGUUUUUCAAUGGCUGUUCGACGAGGCGCAGAUGUCGGCUGAUAACGUGGGUGCACCGGUGACGAAGCAGCAAUGGGAUUACAUACAUAAGAUGGGCGACAGCUUGCGGCAGACCUUCGAAAACGUUACCGCGGUCUUUGCCCCGAGCUGCAUUAGUCACAGCGUUCUGACGAAGAGGGAUUGGCAGUUGGUUAAAAUAGACGAAGUUUCCUUGGCACAGGCGUUGCAUUGUUGGGAACAAAUGCCAAUCGGAAAUCACCGUAACGACACUCAUUCGCCAAUUGAGACGAACCAACCGUGCGCGAAGUCUCUGCGGAAACUGUUGCGUUCCGGGUUGACGAAGGGAAACGGAACUUCGCCUGAACUCGGAAGAGCCGGUAAAACUGAAUCCGCGCCGGAGCUGCAGAAAGUCGCGUCCAUGGUCAUUACCAAGCCGGACGAGGGGAAAUUGUCGGUCGCCUCGGCGCAGGAACGGGAGAAUAAAAAGAGGAAGAGGCGGAAGCACAAAGGCAGACGGAGAGACAGGAACAAGGAGGCGAGAACGAAGAAGGAGAGACACGAGCGGAGAAAGGCCGCAGGUCGCCGAAAGGGCAACAAGCAGAACAACGACAACAACCACACGGGCAUGUUCAACGGUACCAGGCCUCAGCGCUCGGUGAUACCAUCUGGCAAACGGAAGUGCGUCCAGGGCUGCCACUUCCGGCUAAUCGAACGUUGCACUUGGCCGCAGUGUAAUCACAGCUGCCCGAAGCUCCACAACCCGUUUACCGGCGAGGAGAUGGACUUCAUCGAGCUGCUGAAGAGCUUCGGAUUAGACAUGAAGAGCGUGGCGAACGCGCUGGCAUUGGCAGCGCAAUGCGGAAAAGUAUGGCUGACAGUCUCCUCCUUGUGGAGACCGAUCGCUGCCAGCGACACAGUGGUGGACGCGGAGCUGGAAGUAAAUUGGGAUCUUGAUUGUCCAUCGAGCACAGGAUACCCAGAUACCAUCAAGGUGUUCACUGCUGACCCAGCACAUAAUAAAACGAUCAAGCCGAAGUUGACUUUGACUUCGCUGCAAUACCCCCAAGGCUAUUAUCGAACCAACAUCACGGUCGGUCGACCGCCCCUUCCGGGUGGAUGGGACACCAAAGAUGGCGCGACGCUUCCCGGCCCCCAUUGCUUGAAAUACCAUGCUGCCCUUUAUAAAGAAGGGUCUUUCCUCACCAGUUCCUGCUUGCAGAUCUGGCCGACAUGGAUGUACGAUUUAAGGAGGCAACUAGGAAGACUGCCAAUAGGAAGCUUAAUGAUUCCCGGAACACACAAUUCGGGAUGUUACAAGCAUGGCGACCUUACACGAAGGGACGCCUUUCAACGAUACUUGUUAACGCAGGAUCGCGACGUGUGGACGCAAUUAGUGCACGGCAUAAGGUACCUGGACAUCAGGGUGGGCUAUUAUCCGGCGAUUCCGAACGGUACCGCCAUCGAGGAAGGCAAUCACAUAAGCAGAUUUUGGAUCAAUCACGAUGUGAUUCGGAUUACGCCUUUGUCCGCCAUCAUCAGAGAUGUGAGGAACUUUUUGAACGUCGCAAGGGGAGAGGUCGUUAUCAUGGACUUCCAUAGAUUUCCGGUGGGAUUCCAGGACAGAUCGAACAGACACCGUCGAUUGGCCACGAUCCUCCGGCGAGAAUUCGGAGGUCUGAUUCUCAAGCCUGAUAGGGGGGUCGAAGGUCUUGGUCCGACCUUGAACGAUAUUUGGACCGGAGGGAAACGCUUGAUUAUUUGUUACGGCGAUAAGCACACCGUGAAUGAGUACGAUUGGUUGUGGCCGACAAUGUCUCAAGCCUGGGGUAAUCAACAGACGGUGGAGGGUCUGUUCAAGUAUUUGGACGAAGUUAUUAUGGGGCCGAAGAGGUUCCGAAACAGUCAAAACCCAUUAUGGGCGGUGAUGGCGGAGUUGACGCCCGAUCCCCUGGAAAUAAUCUUCAAUCUGUCUGGAGGACUGCGGCAAAUGGCCGAUUCCGUGAACAGAAAUCUGACGUUUAAGUUCCAGGAGGAAUGGUGGAAAGAAACCAACGUGGUAGCUACCGAUUUCUUCCUCGGGAACAACCUCAUCGACGUCUCGAUACAGGCGAACAUCAAGAAGAGCAACAUCGCCCAGUGGCGUUUGUAACGCGAGAACAAACGAUUAUACUCUACGAAAAUGUAAUUUUAAUUAGAUGCGGCUUCGUCAAUGAGUACGGAAUCGAGAUGAAGGGAGCUUGUCGAGAUCGGUUGAACGGUGUCCAGAAGCCGUUCAGGAUCUGCUAAAGUCCAUUAUUGUGGUUGAAAUUACUUUUUGACGAAUUUGUAAACUUUCUAGUCUUCUAUUAUCAAUUUUAAUCGCAACUUUAUAAAUUAUUGAAACUGUUUACGUAGUCGAAGCCUUUCGAAGAUUUAGAGGAAAAAAGAGGGUAGCAAUGAUUAUCGAUUAGAAUUCGCGAGGACAAGAUGGAUGAUGAUUUCCUUGAAAUGAACUAUUGAAUUCCAAUUGUUGCGUUUCGUGGAUGUUAGAAUUAAUUUGUCGGUCCGUCGAUGUUGAGGAGGAACAUUAGGGUAACUGAUGUAAGAGUCCAAACGCAAGCAAGAAUAACAAUAUGCGAAUUAAAAGACCCAAUAAAUUGGAGUAUAAACACGUAUACUCGAAAUGAAAGAA